AUGUGCGAUGAGGACAAAUGGGAAACGCUGAAGCGAAUGCGCGAGCGGCUGUACGCCUUCGAUCUGUCUACGCACCUGCAUGUGAAAGUUUUUGGAAAGACAGAACAUGACGGAACACAGCACCACAUAAAUGCGCAGCUAUACGAAGAAGACCUGCAAAACCUAGUGUAUAUCCCCGAGCUACUGAACAUCGACGUAGAGAAAUUCUGGGGAGAUAAAACAUUCGAAAUAUUUAACAAGGAAGAAAAUGUAAAAGAGUUGCACAAAAAGAAAUUCCCAGCCAUAUUUUUGUACUCCAAAACGUUAAAGACCAAGCACACCAUCAUGUACUUCCACAGUAACUCUUGUGAUUUAGGACAAAUAUAUGACGAAAUGUGUAACUUGCAUGAACAUUUACAAGCUAAUAUACUCGCCAUAGAAUAUAUAGGAUUUGGGUUGUGUUAUUUGGAGGGAUCUCCUAAUCAGUACAAUAUCAACAGGAGAGCCCUAGCUGCAUACAACUUUUUAAGGUCAUUAAAUUUAAAAAGUGAACAAAUUCUACUAUUCGGAAGAUCGAUAGGUACAGGAGUAGCUACCAAAUUAGGAUAUAAUUUAAAGUUACUUGGAGACAACGUUGGGGGAAUUAUUUUACAUUCUCCAUAUGUAUCCAUCGAAAAAUUAGUAGAAGAAUAUUUUACCUACUCUUCUUACAUCAUUGAAAAUAUAUAUGACAAUUUUAAAAAUUUGUCUCUACUUAGUAAUGGUGAGGAUAGUGACACUCCCCUUUUGCUUAUACAUGGGAAGGAGGAUGAAGUUAUUGGCGUCUCUCACUCCGAGUUCCUCAUGCAGAAUUUGAACAACAAGUUCAAGACGGCUUCCUACCCCGCUGACUCGUACCACAAUUAUUACUACGUCAUUGAUGACCUCGGUGUGCCGAGCAAGACCUUCUUGGACACCCAGAGCAAAUCGCGCCACGAGAAGUGUGUGGACAUAAUCGUGCCCAAGUCUUUCUUCAAAAAAGAGUAUUGAAUGAAUAUAUACCUGCUGGACUUACCAAUCACUUGCUGUCUCCUCCCCCUUAGGCUCAAGACACCCAAAGCAGUAACCGCAAAUGCAGCAUGGACGAAACUAGAAACAGAAAAAAACAAAUCCAAAGGCACAUCUCCCACACAAGACAUAGAGCAAAAGAAGAAAAAAAAAAGCAUAACAGAUAGUCAGAGGAAGAAGAAUAGCGUAAGUUCUCUGCCAACAAAACGCACCAAUGAAAACGACUCGAAGAAAAACGAAAAAGAGUACAAAGAAAAAUUGGAAACGAAAAAUGAUAAGCAUGUCGGAGGUGCCACACCACGACGUGGAAAAGACAAAAUGAGGACCACCGAACAGUCCUUUUCCAAAAAUUGUGACAAAGAACAAGAGUCCAAAAAAGAACCCUCAAAACAUAGUCACAAAAUUGACAUAAUAAUAUCUUCGCUAAGCGAUAAGGGAUUAACAAACUUGAAAAAAAAAGAGCAAAAACUUAGUGCAGAUCUUAAGGGGGUAUCUAGAAAUGCAUCUUCGUGUGCAUCGGACAGUGCCAGUGAAAAGAAAGAGAGGAAAAAAAUAGCAAGCGAUUCGAAAAAUAAAAAUGCGGAUUAUUGCAAGUCCAAAAAGGGGGAACACACACGGGGGACAGGGGAGAGGAAGCCUGGUGAUGAAGAAUCAUCCCGCAAGGAAAUUAAAAAAAAGGAAUUGCGAAAUAGUAAAGAUGCAUGUGACAGCACGAAGGAGAUCAAAUAUAAUGAAAAGACUUUAAGUGGUUGGAAGAAAUGCAAAGACGAAAGGAGCCGUCGGGAACACAAACCGGAUGGGAAGCAUAAGGAUGAUACUAUCUCCACAAUUGAUGAAGACGGGAAAAGAGAACACACUUAA